AUGAGUGUUAGUGUUGAAGCAGACGUGUCUAGCCCUCUAUCAGACGGGCAGGACGCAACCCUGGACCAGACGAUCUCGAAAUCGUCGUCCGACAGCCACAGCUUGAAGAAUGAGGAAGUUGAGGCAGGUCAGGACAAAAAUUCGGAGCCAAGCACUCCGAAAGUGCAUCCGAUGGCCUUCACCAUCGACUUUGGUGAGGGAAAGUCUGUUAACAAUAGCCGUCUGGAGGAGCUAGCAAAGAAAUCGCAGGCUCGACAUCAAAGAGUACAGUCAAUGUCUGCGAGUACGACACGGCCUAGCCCAACGCUCCAGCGGCCUCCAAUGAGCGCUAAACUUCCUCGUAAAGCGCAAGGCUACAACUCGGAAGGGUAUUUUUCGUCGGACCAAGAAGAUAGCGGUCUGUCCAGCUCUAUCAAGCAACGUAACAGUCCAUUAGCUCAAAACGCUACACACAUAAUCAGUCCAAUAACAAAUAGAAGUAUCAAAUCUCCAAUUGUAGACAGUAUCCAGCCAAAACGCUCGUCCAAAAGUCCUAUAGUUGAUAACAUAAUGUCUAGGAGUGAUAAUUUUUUAACCCGUCAAGGCUUAAACUUGCCAUUAAAAAGUAAUACAUACAUGAGAGAUAUAUGUAGAACACCGAGUUAUGGCAAUAUUAAUAAGCAAGGCAUGGGUGAUAUAAUUGAUCAGAGUCCGGAAGGUAUUAUGCUGACUGACAUAUCAAGUCCUGAAUUAGAUAUUUUAACCCCUGACAAUGGCUUAUCUACCCCUGAACAAGCCAAAAGCCCUCUUAUACGCAAGGGUAGAGUUGUUUCUGAAACUCCAGAUUUGUUUAAAAAAUGUAUAACUAACGAACCGUUGUAUAUUGAUGACGACAUAGAUAAUCAAUCUAAUUCAUCAACCGGUACAUAUACAAUAGAAGGUGAUAAUUAUACAGAAGAACAGAAGGCUAGAAUGAGUAUUGAUAGAAGUUUUGGUACAGAUAUAUUAACAAGUUCAGUUGAAGAAACAAUAAAAAAACGUUCAACUGAAAGCAGUGACCCAGAGUUGGUUUUUGAUUUCCCAAAUACCUUAAAAGUUAUUACGAAAGAACCUAGAAGAGAUUUAGACUUACGUAGCCCAUUGUUAAAUCAAACAUUUGAUCUAUCAACAAAUAAAACAUCAAAAGACAAAAAUGUUUUAGAAAUCUCAUGUUGCUAUGAAUCACCAACGGAUAAUGAUUUAGCAGCUCAAACGUCGAAACAGAUCAAGUCAACUCGUAGUUACUUGGAAAAGAUUAAAAACAGAGUUAAAACUAUAACAGAAAAAACAUUUGCCAAGUCACCACCAAAACAUGGUGAAGAUGUAGACAUUGGUAGUUUUACAUCGGUCACAACUUCUGGUGUUCUUAGCUCAAAUAAAGCUCCAAAAAUUGAACCAGUAAAACGUAGAUGCAGCUUAACCAAAUCUGAAAUAGAUCAAACCGAUUACAUUCACCGUUUGACUAGAGAAACAUCAGUACCGGUAUGUCUCGGUACUAAGCCGAUGUUAGAUACCACAUUUGAAAGUACUGUACUGAAAAACGCUCAGAAAGCUUUAAGAGAAGAUAGUGGAGUGUCGGACAUGACACCGGAGCAAGUGGUUGGCAAGCUGUCAUAUUUGAGUCUGAAUAGAUGUAAAGGGGAUAAGACUUGGAUACAGGACUGGGCAGAAAGUGCCAAAAAGUACAAUGAUAAUAGCUUGACGAAAGAAGAAGGUGUAUUAGGGCUGGACAAUGACAGACCGCCUAUAAGCCCGAGGACCAUAGCUGGCAAACCUCGCACCCCCCAUGCGGGUACUCCGACAAAGAUACCAAGCCCCGUUGGCACGCUCAUGCACCGAAGGACGCCGGAGCACCCUAAGUCUUUAAGAAUAUUCAGCAUGUUUUAUCCAAUGGACGAUCAAGAUUAA